GAAGCAACACCAGAAGAUGUUGGCAAGUUGGAUUCAGUGAAGAUGUUCCUACAGGGGUCAGACAGUAUCGCAGGAGUGUUUAUUGAACCUACAAAGGCGAAGAUGAGCUUUUACGAAGCAAUGAAGAAGAAUUUGUUGAGUCCGAGCACAGCAGAGGCCUUACUGGAGGCUCAGGCAGGAUCAGGGUUUAUUGUUGACCCUGUGAGGAAUCGAACCCUCACUGUUGAUGAGGCAGUUAAAGAAGGUCUGGUCGGCCCAGAGCUCCACGAGAAACUCCUAUCUGCAGAGAAAGCUGUGACUGGAUACACCGACCCCUACACUGGCCACAAGAUCUCCUUAUUUGAAGCCAUCAGGAAGGGUCUUGUCCCUAAGGGUUAUGGGAUCCGUCUCCUUGAGGCACAGAUUGCCACAGGGGGUAUCAUUGACCCCGUGCACAGUCACCGACUGCCUGUCGAUGUGGCCUAUCAACGGGGAAUGUUUGAUGCGGAGAUGAACAAGAUUCUGUCUGAUGUUGGGGAUGAUAGCAAAGGGUUUCUUGACCCCAACACUGAUGAAGACCUCACCUAUCAGCAGCUAAAGGAGAGGUGUUUAAUAGAUCCGGAGACAGGACUCCACCUUAUCCCAGUGAAGGACAGCGAGAUACCCAAAGUGGUUGAAAAUCUGGUGCACAGUGAAGUUGAAACAAGGGAGGUGUUUGAGAACACAACAGUGCAGUUUCCUGAGAGCACCUUCGGUGGGAAAUCCAUGUCCAUUUGGGAGAUCCUGAACUCUGAGUUAAUUACCGAGAAAGAGAGGCUCAAGUUAACAAGGGACUAUCGUUCAGGAAAAAUCACACGCGAGCGAUUGGUUGUGGUAAUUAUUGAGAUUAUUCAGCAAGUAGAAAUCCGCAGAGGGUAUGAAAUGAUUACAUUUAAUACUUUCAGGAGCAAGAUCACAGCUGAUCAGCUUUAUUCCUCCAAAAUCAUUGACCUGGAAACAUUGAAUAUGCUGAAGGACAAGCGAUUAACCGUGCAGCAAGUCUGUGAGAUGGAGUUAGUGAGGAAGUACCUGUUUGGAACCGGAGCUAUCAGUGGGAUUUACAAAUUUGCUGGGAAGGAAGUGUUAACGUUAUAUGAAGCGAUGAAGAAGGGUUUGGUGAAACCUGAGAUAACUGAUGCUCUUUUGGAAGCCCAGGCUGCCACUGGGUUCAUGCUGGAUCCAGUAAAGAAUGAGAGGCUGUCUGUAGAUGAGGCUGUGAGAGAGGGUCUGGUGGGUCCUGAGCUCCACGACAGACUGCUAUCAGCUGAACGAGCUGUCACUGGAUACCGGGACCCUUACACUGGGAAGGUCAUCUCACUUUUCCAAGCCAUGAAGAAAGGCCUCAUUGCAAAAGAGUAUGUCCUGAGGCUACUGGAUGCCCAGUUGGUCACAGGUGGCAUUAUUGACCCAGAAUACAGUUACCACCUUCCUCUGGAGACAGCCUAUCAGCGUGGUUACCUUGACCGUGAGACAUACAGCCUGCUGACAGAUCCUACUGAGGGGCCACAAGGGUUCCGUGACCCCAGCACUGAAGAACCAAUGAGUUACAGUCAGCUGAUGAAGCGGUGCAAGGUGGAUGAAAACACAGGCCAUCGCCUAUUGACCCUGACGGACAGGAAGAAAUUGGUAUUUAAAGGUCUCAGGAAACAGAUCACAAUGGAGGAACUUGUUGCAUCAGAUAUCAUCACAAGUUCUGAUGCUGCACAGCUACUGCAAGGUGAAAUCACUGUGGAGGAAGUCAGCAACAGCAUCAAGAAAUAUUUGGAAGGCACCAGUUGUAUUUCAGGAGUGUUUGUUGAAGCUACUAAAGAGAGAUUAACCAUUUACCAAGCCAUGAAGAAGGGUAUGAUUCGACCUGGGACAGCCUUUGAGUUGUUGGAGGCUCAAGCAGCAACAGGUUACAUGAUUGACCCCAUUAAAAAUCUGAAAUUAACGGUUAGUGAUGCUGUGAAAAUGGGAGUGGUGGGUCCAGAGUUUAAGGAUAAGCUUCUGUCAGCUGAGAGGGCAGUUACUGGUUAUAGAGAUCCUUAUUCAGGUGAACUGCUGUCUCUGUUUCAAGCCAUGCAGAAAAGUCUGAUUCUAAAAGAUCACGGGAUUCGUCUAUUGGAAUCACAGAUCGCUACAGGUGGGAUCAUUGACCCAGAGUACAGUCACCGCCUGCCUGUCGAGGUGGCCUACAAACGAGGCCUGUUUGAUGAGGAGAUGAAUAAGAUCUUGUCAGACCCAGGUGAUGAUACAAAGGGCUUUUUUGAUCCAAAUACUGAGGAAAACCUCACCUACCUGCAGCUGAAGGAGCGUUGUGUAGUCGAUUCUGAUACUGGGCUCUGUUUACUCAUCCUGAAAGACAAGAAGAGAGAGAGGAAAACUUCGUCCAAAUCAUCUGUUCGCAAACGGCGAGUGGUCAUAGUUGAUCCUGAAACUGGCAAAGAGAUGUCUGUUUACGAAGCUUAUCGUAAAGGACUGAUUGAUCAUCAGACUUACACAGAGCUAUCUGAGCAGGAAUGUGAAUGGGAGGAAGUGACAAUCUCUUCGUCAGAUGGUGUGGUGAAGUCAGUAAUCACUGACAGACGAUCAGGACGACAGUACGAUAUCGAUGAUGCACUGUCCAGAGGGCUGAUUGACCAGGGUUCUUUAGACCUGUAUCGCUCUGGAGCUUUAUCCAUCACGGAAUUUGCUGAUAUGUUGUCAGGAAACGUGAGUGGGUUCCGCUCAAGGACUUCCUCAGUUGGCUCCUCAUCUUCAUACACAAGCCAACAAGCAAGUCCCAUGAGAAGUCACAUGGUCACAUGGAAUGAUCCAGUUGAGGAAACGUGUCCAGUUGCUGGCAUCUUGGACACAGAUACACUCGAGAAAGUCUCCAUCACUGAAGCUAUGCAUCGUAACUUGGUGGACAACAUCAGUGGCCAGAGGUUAUUGGAAGCUCAGGCCUGUACUGGUGGAAUCAUUGAUCCUGCUACAGGAGAGAAAUAUUCAGUCACAGAUGCUGUUGCUCACUCCCUUGUGGACAAGAUCAUGGUCGACAGGAUCAACCUGGCUCAGAAAGCAUUCAAUGGAUUUGAAGAUCCAAGAACCAAGACAAAAAUGUCCGCUGCUCAGGCUUUGAAGAAAGGCUGGUUAUAUUAUGAAGCAGGCCAGCGAUUCCUGGAGGUACAAUAUCUGACUGGUGGACUGAUUGAGCCUGAUGUGCCGGGGCGAGUGUCUCUGGAUGAAGCUUUACAAAAAGGCACCAUUGAUGCCCGCACUGCCCAAAAACUGAGGGAUGUUGGAGCUCAUACAAAGUAUAUAACCUGUCCCAAAACCAAACUGAAGAUUUCCUACAAGGAUGCAAUGGACCGAUCGAUGAUUGAAGAAGGGACAGGCCUGCGUUUGCUUGAAGCAUCAUCACAAUCGACCAAAGGCUUCUACAGUCCCUACAACGUCAGCGGAGCUGGUUCAUCCGCAGGUUCUCGAUCAGGUUCAAGAACUGGAUCUAGAACAGGCUCUAGGCGGGGGAGCUUUGAUGCUUCAGGAUCCAGUUACUCCAUGUCCUUCUCAUCCUCCUCGUACACAUCGUCCAGUUAUGGCCGCAGAUUGGCCACCACAGUUCCCGGAGGGCGGGAGAUGGUGACCAUGUCCCUGAGCUCUCGGCCGCUCCAUAACCCAGACAAGAACUCUCUGUUUACCCAGUCCCAGCUUCUACAAGUGUCAAUGAUGUAGCAAGACCACUGUCCCCAGGCCCCCUUCCCCAUCAUCCUGCUCCACAACUAGCAAAUGACCAAGCAAGCGUCUCUACAAAGGACAGCGAGGGACAGCAUUAUUCUGAUAAAAAUGUUUUAGAGAAAUUUAUUUUAAUUUUCCAUCAUCUCAGUCCCUCUGAGUUUUAAAUAGUCUUGUGAUUUAAAAUUAAUCCAAUGGAAUGUAUAUGUUUGGAACAAGAAGAGACAAUUUAUCUAGAUCUGAUUUAUCUCCGUUUCCCAAUUGGACUGAUUGUGUUGCUAUUUGUGAAGCAGGAAGACUAACCUGAAACCACUGCUGCCACAUGCUGAUCUUACUCUGUCAGUGGGGAGGAGUUCAAUAUCCAAACCUCAUAACUUUCUUGAUGAAUGCACUGACCCACAGUGUGACCGGAUAUCUCGCUUUCUAUUUUAAAAUCAAUAUGCUGCAAGUAUUAAGAGCUUCUCUUCCAUUGAACUAUAAUAAACACUUGAUGCUGUUUGAAAAGAAACCAAAUAUUAACAAGGUGCCGUCUUUCGAAUUUAUUGAACCCUCCGUAGACUCGGGGGUUCCAGUCUGCUUCAGGAAAACUCCAGCCAACUCUUCCCUUACACCAUGUGUCUCCAGUGCACUGACUGUUUUAAUGACCAUUGAGAUCUGAGUGAAUUCAGACUCCUCAUGUGAACCAGGACAGCUCCAAACAGCCUUCUAGAGAAGCCAGCCUGUAGUUGCUGAGCCAGCCCUGCUCUGCCUGACAUCUCUCUGUGGACACAACCUGACUGGUGCUCGCAUCGAGAUUCCUCCUGGAUUCCCUUAUUGCAGCCACUUCCCAGGAGCUCCAUUGCACCUUGUUCCAGGGAGUGAUGUCAGUGACACAGUGACUGAGAGCGAAACAAAAUCAGACCCAAGUGCAGACAGAGCCUCUCGAAGGCUGUCACACCAGAACAUUCCGGAAACUCAGCGGAUACCAGGACCGACUCACAGGAGGCUCAUUGUUCCUGAAAGUGGGGGCCGCGAUCCCUGAACUGAACUCAGUAUCCGGUCACAGGACUCCUAGGGAGCUGAAAUGGAGCUCAGAUACCAUCCCAUCAGCGAGACAAACACUGUCCAAGCCAUCACUUUCCCCACCUCUCUAUUAUUUUUCAGUUCAGUGCAUUACUCAUCCCUUUUAUGUUGUUCGUGUAAUGUGUUUUUGUUCUGACCUGCAUGCCUUACUAACUCCUUCAGGAGAAUCCCUCGCAUUUGAAUGAGCCUGUUUAUAUCAAACAGUGCAUUUAACACACUAACUGAUUGCAAUCCAGAAAAACCCCUGGAGAUUAAACACCUCCAUCAGCUGUACAGAAGAUAAGUUGUUAAAAGAAACCUUGAUGCAAGGGACAAUUAAAAAGACAUUAAUAUAUAAAACCAA